GCAUGCGUCCUGUGGGCGAGCCGACGGCAGCCGGCUCACAGUUUAUAUUAGUUUACAUUAGGACAGGCACCGCAAACCAUAGGCUGCUAUAAAUCGCGUUUUCGUUAACGCGCCCGCGACUGCAUCGCGCAAUUUUAUCGCGAGCGAUCGUCACACGCGAGGCUCAAUCGCGGCCGCCUGACGCCCCUCGGUAUAGUGCGUGCGUUUUUCCUCAUCGCUACCACCGGAAAGGAUAAGAAGAAGCCAGUGUUUGAAAAGAAAGAAAAAGAAAAUUAAAAAGAAGAAGGAAAGAGAGAGACGAGGACAGAAGAGGAGGAGGCGAGUAAUUACGCGAGGAAUUACGAUGUAACGCGAUUACGGCGAUCGGCAACAGUGAAAUCGACGUGAAAAGACGGCGGCAGGAGGAGGCGCGGAGGAGGAAGAGGAGACGUUACAGGAGUUUAAUAUAGAGAGCCAAUUCGAGUUGAUGACGUGACGACUUCUUGCGCGCGCGGGGAUAAAACACAUAGACGGCGACAUGAACAGCAAGAGUGCAUUACUGGUGCAACGUUGGAUGCUCCAGCCGCGCGUGCUGCUCGUUCUCAUUUUGCUGCAAUUUAUCAUACAGUUUUUCACGUCCGUCUAUCUGUACAAGUACGUGACGAACGUGGAGAGCGAUCUUCGCCUGGUAAAAAGCCGCUACCCGCUCGAGGGCGCGGCGAUUCCGCGGCGGAAGCGCAGCAGCGCAUUACCGAUCGCCGAGGACAACGCUGUUUCCGAUCUCUCCAGCAGGAUUCGAGAGGACAAGGAGAUGCAAGGCGCCAAGAAGGUGACUGCAUCCCCCAUCAUGGUGUCCGGCUCCGCGUCUUCGUCGUCUUCCACGGCGGCCGGGGGUCAAGACUGGGUCUGGCUGAACGCCGACACGCGCAUACAAUUCGACGCGAUCGAGAGUUUCUGCCGGUCGUCCUCCAAGUACUGCCCGCCGGGGCUUCCUGGAGCACCCGGAAAUCCAGGCCCGCCCGGCGAGCCGGGACUACCAGGUGCUCAAGGACUGAUGGGACCCAAGGGACCACCGGGACCUGGGGGGCACCCAGGCGCGAGAGGACCGAAAGGCGACAUCGGCCCACCGGGCUUCGACGGAAGGGAUGGUAUACCGGGUGAGCCCGGUUUGGAUGGCAUACCCGGCAGGAGCGGUCUCGACGGCGUACCCGGGAGCAACGGCAAACCAGGUGUCAACGGCUCACCCGGCCUGCCUGGAAGAAACGGGACGGACGGGAGACCCGGUCAAAUGGGACUUCAAGGACCGCCAGGGCAACGAGGAGAUCAAGGUCCGCAAGGUCGCACAGGGCCGCCGGGAAGGGACGGCGAGCCAGGUGUGCAAGCCUGGAAAGUGAACAACAAUGAUUACGUGAACGUCAAUGACGUAUUGAUCCCGCCAUCCAUAGUGGAGAUUACGCCGCCGCUGAACGCGAGCGACGUGAUUUCCGUGCAAGAAGGCAGCAACGUGCGGCUGAGGUGCGCCUCAAGUGGGAAGCCGCAACCCGUCAUACAGUGGUCGAGAAUCGGCUCCGUCAUACCGAUGGGCGCCUGGCAUGUGAGCUCCAUCACGGGCCACACGUUCAAUAUCAGCGUGGUGAACCGGGACCACAUGGGCGAGUACGCGUGCAACGCCGACAACGGAAUACCGCCUGCGAGGUCCAAGAGGUUCAGACUUCAAGUCAGAUUUGCGCCUUUCAUUCGCAUACGCAACCAGAUGAUUCUCGUGCGAAAUCAGAACCCGGCGACGUUGGAGUGCGAGGUGGAAGCCUUCCCCGAGCCGGCUGUGCACUGGGAGCGCGACGGCCGCCGCUUAAAGAUGUCGGAGAAGUACAGAAUAGAGGUUUACGACAGACGCGAUAUAUACAAGUUGAAGACGAGGCUGAGGAUCAUGAGGGUGACUUCGGCCGAUCAUGGCUCUUAUCACUGCGUGGCGAAGAACGACAUCGACACGAUCAAGGGAUCCUUUAUGGUGGAUGACGACACUAAGAACAUAGAGCGGCUGAAGUUGGGCAAGCAGCAGCACGUUACGUACGGCGAGCCCAUGCCUGCGAGCGUUGAUCAGGAGGAAUUAUGCAGUCCGCAAGAAACCUGCGCAGCAUGCCCGGUACUCAAGUGCGCGUACACAGACAUAGCGGAUCACAUGCACGUGCAGCCGCUGCGCGGCGUUAACUUCACCGGGCUGCCGCCGUCCUUCGCCGACGGCAUGAUAGAGGCCGUGGGCAAGCCUGUGCUGAAAGGAAGCAUGGACGACUAUUAUGGAAGCUGGAUGCACGACGCCGCCUUCCGUCACGACAGCACGCCCGAUAGGCUCUGGGUCACUCGCAAGAACGACACGUCCUACAUCUUCGAGUACAGAUCGAAGGACUAUUUCAAGAACGACACCGGUCGCCGUAUAAAAUUGCCGCAUCCUUUCCAGGGUAACGGACACAUCGUUUACAACAGGUCCUUCUUUUACAACCCUCAAAACCGAUCGACGAUCUUCCGCUUCGACCUCUACUCGUCUUCGGAACAAGGCUGCGACGAGUGCGAGAUACCGCUGCCGGGCUUGCUGCUGAACACUCAGAAUUUCCUUUACACGCCGUAUCACAAUUUUAAUUACGUGGAUUUCAACAUGGACGAGAACGGUCUAUGGGUUAUUUACGGGCUUCCGUCCAAUAACACCGUGGUGGCGAAGAUAGACCCCGUGAAAAUGGUCAUUCAGUACGCGUGGAACAUCAGUAUCGAUCAUCACAGAUUCGGGGAGAUGUUCAUCGCGGGAGGAGUGCUUUACGCUGUACACAGCGUCACCGAGGAGACCAUGAAAAUACGGUUCGCCUUCGAUCUGUACCGGAAUGCGACGCUGGACGUGCACCUGUCAUUCACGAAUCCUUAUCACAAAACCACGGCGGUUAGUUACAAUCACAAAACCAAGGAGCUCUACACGUGGAACAAGGGCAACCAAUUAGCCUACCCCGUGAAAUAUCGCGACGACAUGAAGGACGUGGGGGGGGCUGGCAACUGAGACGAUCGCGUUCGUCGGUGCGCGCAUACCGAUGAAAAUGCACGAGCGAGGUCAAUCGACGUGGGAGUGCGCUGAAUUGUGAGCGGCUUCAACUUCGUCCAACGAAAUUGGAGAUCUCGAUCGAACGAGCGUCUUUAUUGUGUUGACGUAUUGAAAGCAUAACGCCUCAGUCACUUUCGACUCGUCCUCGGUCGAUAUCAGCCUACGGCCGCGACGAUUCUUCGCGAAUCAAUCGCGGAGCGAACAGACGCGCCGCCGCGCCAUGCCGGUGCAGCGGACAGCGACUAUCGAAUGCGUAUUUGUUUCUGUAACCGUGCCAAGUUGUAUCGCAUAUUCCACAAUUGUAGAUUAAGGUCUAACUGGCUAAUAGAAGCGAACAAGAGAGUCUUAGUAUAUACGUACGUUAUCAGUCAGCAAUCCAAUUUCGUGUGGUACACUGCGAGACUUUCGCGGUAAGCGAAAGUCGUAAUUAUAAAAAUGAUAAAUAAGAAGGACAGAAAAAAAACGAUAGGUACUCGAUGUAACUUCAACCAUUCUCGUGUGGACCGGAUCAAUGUGCUCGCCACGUAAUCAGCUGGAGAGAGAGAGAGAGAGAGAGAGAGAGAGAGAGAGA